GUGGGCAUCGAGAGAGAAACGCCUCCCGGCCGAGAGAAAGCCGGGCCACCCGUGCCACUCGCCUGGGGCCAGCAUGGCAGCCAGCAUGGUUCUCCGAGUUGCCUUCAGUCUGAUCGGCUGGCUCUCCCUCUACACGUGGUCUUACCAUCGACACAAGGAUCGCACCUGCGAGUGGAGCUGCCGACUGGUCACUCUAACUCAUGGGGUCCUUGCCACUUGCCUCUCUGGCUACAUUGGCUUCAUAGAUGGCCCUUGGCCAAUGUCUUAUCCAGGGUCACCAAACACCACCCUCCAGGUCCAUGCGUUGUGCAUGAGCUUGGGCUACUUCCUCUUUGACCUAGGUUGGUGUGUCUACUUCCAGGCGGAAGGUGCCUUGAUGCUGGCCCAUCAUACCGUCAGCAUUCUGGGAAUCACAGUUUCCCUUGCCUUGGGCGAGUCAGCUGCAGAAGUCAAUGGAGUCAUCUUCGGCAGCGAGAUCACCAAUCCGCUCCUGCAGGCCCGUUGGUUCCUCCGGGAGAUGGGGCUCUAUCACACGUUCACAGGAGACGUGGUGGAUUUCUUCUUUGUGGUGCUGUUUGCAGGGGUGAGAAUUGGGGUCGGGGCUUGGCUGAUGUACUGCGUGUUGACCUCCCCCAAACCCAAGUGGUUCAUCAAGGCUGGAGGUGUGAUCAUGUAUGCCGUUUCUUGGGUUUUUAUGGUUAGCAUCUGCCGAUUUGCCCGGCGAAAAAGCAUAAAGAAGUACCAUGCUUGGAGGAGUUGGUGGAACAAAGAAAUGAACUUGAAUGCCAAUGGAUACCUGAAAGACCACUGACCCUAACCCAAGCUGAGUCCAUCUUCAUGAGUUGGCAGUGAAAGUUACCCAGGGCUUGUCCCAUGAGACUGCGUUUGAGCGAGGAACCAUAUUGGAAUGAAGGGCAGGUUAUGCAGGGGUUAGAUUGUUGGACUUUAAGUGGAGAGACCCAGGUUCAAAUCUAUGCUCAGUUGUGAGCUCAUAAUGAGCUAGCCAUGUUCACGCAGUCUAACCUACCUCACAGGGUUGUUGUGGGGAUAAAAUGAGAUAAUUCCCACCCUGCUCUCUUUGGAAGAAGUGUGGGACACAAAUAUGAUAGGUGGGCAGACCUUACACUGGCAGACUGCCACAGGUUCUGUUUCUGUUUUUAACACCAGGGAUGUUUACACUCUGGAAACAUUUAUGGACAGGUGCCAUAAGCAAAGCACUUCCAUAUGACAAAAGAACUAGUUUACAAAAUUAAAUGUUCUUGCACUCCCAAGCGUGUGGUUGCACAGAGUUUGCUGUUACCUCCUCCAGCACUGCCAUAACCUUAAGAGGAGUUAUAAGCAGCACCAGUAUGUUUUUAGCGAUCCAGUUCACUACCAGUAUUCUCUUCCGAAGGUGGAAGUCCGUAAUACUUGCAAAG